AGAGAAUUGAAUGGAAAAGUUCCCGUGUCCUCUCGAACUCAAAGUUGCUUCGGCUCUGCUUCUCCUCUCUGUCUCAGGAGCCACUCCUCCUUCUCUCAUCUCCCCUCCUCCCAAGUUUGAUCGUGAGGACGUGUCGCUUAAGGAUGGAAGGAAAAGAAAAAGUUGCAGAGAGAGCUUGGUGCUCAAGGAUUCAAACAAGGAUUUCUCACUCCAACUCCAGGACGAUGAGUACCGCGAACGCUCUGUUUCCGUGUCCUGCUCUUCGUCGCUCACCAGCGAGGUUUCAUCGGAGGAGAUUCGAGCGUGUAGGAUGAGGCUCAUUUCUGCUAUGGCUCGUCACCAUCAAAUGAACCUCAAGGUUGUACGGAAGAGCCGCUCGAAGAUUCAGUAUAGCUCCGAUGGACGUAAAAUCAGCUCCGACAAAUCGUCAACGGUGAGCUCUGAAUCUGUAUCCAGAGAGGCAUCAUGCUUGUCAAGCAAUUCGAGCGCGCGAAGCAAAAGUAGCCACUACGGUGGUACCACUACUUCGAAAAGGCAAGGCCCCGGGCCCGAGGAGAUGAUGAAGAAGAGGAAGCGAGUCGGCUCGAAUCAUAUUCGCCGCCGAGCUGACGCCAUUUUGAAGUUCCUCUCUGCUGGCUGUUUCUCUGAACUGAAGAUCCGUCAAGCACUCGGUGACAGCCCUGACACAAGCAAAGCUCUCAGAAUGUUGGUAAUGCUUGAAGAGGUGAAACGAUCAGGCACUGGAGGGCGUCAAGACCCCUAUAUUUACACGAAAGCAUGAGGAAAUUGGGAGUUAUUAAGGCCCGGUCAGAGUUUGGGCCAUCCCUCUUGUAGGGAAGUUUUGGUCUGGCAGAGAGG